CCUGCUUCUCAUCUGACUUGAUGCUUUCGCUCACCCCUUCUUCUUGAGUCUUAAGAAUCGGAUACUUUGUAUGGAAUAGCUCUCAUCGAACUCCCAGCAUGCAAAAAGACUAGAACUUGUCGAUAUCAGUCGGAAAUAUGAAUUCUUUACCAAAACCAGCCCGUUCAAAACCGAAACCAUUGAUUCCCUCAAAAGAUGAAAUGGUAAAUUCGAGGACCAAUCGCAAUAAAAGAGCAAGAACCGAUGUUUCAGAGCGGGGUGAUGUUGACGACGAUGUUGACAACGCAAUGGCAUUCAUAAGAAAAACCUUACUGGCCAAAUCGUUAGAGAUUGAGAGACUCGAAGCACGACUUGAACAAAUGAGCUCGGAGUCCAGUGCAGCCAUGUCAAGAUUCCAGCAACUAUCCGAUGAUAACGCAAUUCUGGAGAAAGAAAACAAAGAUCAAGCCGAGACAAUUGAAAACUAUCGACUCCAGUUGUCAAAAAUCAGAAAAGAAAUGCGGAAAUCGAUCUCCAGGGCGGAAGAGAAAUGCAAAAAAAUCUUGUUUUCGAAUGCAUUGAACGACUUAUUGAGAGGGUGAUAUGAGGAUAAACUACGGUCUCUAUCAGUGGAUGAAGCUCCAUCUAUAACAAGAGCUGGAGAACCUUACCGACGAGUAGCAGAAGGAUGGGACAACAUGGCAGAAAUAAGGGACCUCGCAGAAGUUAACAUGAAGAAAUUUACCGAGGAACAGGGCUUUUGCUCCCGUACUGUCUUUACUCUUCAUCGGCCUGUUAUUUAUUUCAAGAUAAUCGAUGAGUGGACGUUUGUUAUUGUUCUUGAUGGUGCGCCGACUGUGGGACUUACUGCUGAGCGAAUUGAGAUACUAUCAGGAUAUGAACCAUGUGAUCAUAAGAGGGCACUGUUUUAGCUAGGGAGGCGUUAGCGCUUCCUUAUAUAAGUAAUAGCUUCCCGAAAUUAAUAAUAAUCAAGAAAUACUACAGAAAUAAUAGA